AUGGACGAUGAAGCCGAAGCCGCUUUUUUCCAAGCUCAACAGUCCGAGACCAUGACCGACUCGGCCCCCGCCGAGCUGCAGGAGGGCGAUAACUCUGAUUCGGAUGACUACGACCCGUCGCAGACAUUAGGAGAUGACUACCCCACUGCCGUACCCGACCAUACGCAGGCUCACGAUGCCCCCACUGACGCAACUCUCACGGAUGAUAACACCCCCAAUCCCACCGGUGCUACAGACAUGGACGCUAGCCAGACAGGCGACGCUCUUGAUCCUUCCCAGCAGCCCUCACGUGCUGAGUCUCAGACGUCAACGCCCGUUCCACCAUCCGGUGACGCGGCCGAACCCCAUUGCACAACGAUCGGGGGAUUUGAGGUUGACAAUGAUGAGGAUGACAAGGGUGAUGCGGACUAUGAGCCACCAGCUGUACUUGGAGACGAGAACGCAAAUGAUAUGACUGUGACCAUGUCUGAAGAUCCCAGUUCAGGAAAUGCAAUUCAAAACACUUCCCCGGAUGUAUCAUCGCAAGCUGCGCAAGGUCCUAUCAGUGGGCCAGAUCUCAAUAGUUCUUAUUCUCCUGCUCCUGUUCCUAAUAUUGAUCCUUCUUCUGUUUCUGGCCAAUCUUACUGGGCUGCGCAGGACGUGCAAGCUACAAACAUGCAGACCAGUACUGAUCCUACCCCUGUACCUGACUCUCCCUCUGCCAAGGGUCGUCUUCCCCAUGACCGUGUGGGGAUCCUGCAAGACCGCAUUGAAGAGGAUCCCCGAGGUGAUAUUCCCGCGUGGUUGGAGUUAAUUGCCGAGCACAGGAGCCGCAACAGACUGGACAGUGCCCGUGAGACCUAUGAACACUUUUUGAAGGUUUUCCCCAUGGCGGCUGAUCAAUGGGUGGCAUAUGCUGUCAUGGAAUCCGAACUUAAUGAACUCUUCCGCCUGGAGCAACUUUUCAAUCGAACGCUUCUGACAAUCCCCAGCGUCGAUCUCUGGUCAGUUUAUCUGGACUACGUCCGUCGCCGUAAUCCUUUGACUACGGAUACCUCUGGACAGGCGCGCGCCGUCAUCUCAUCGGCUUACGACCUGGCUAUUCAAUACGUUGGUAUGGACAAGGACUGCGGAAACAUCUGGACAGACUACAUCGAGUUUAUUCGUUCGGGGCCAGGUACCGUCGGUGGAUCUGGGUGGCAGGAUCAGCAAAAGAUGGAUAUUUUGCGGAAAGCUUACCAGCGAGCCAUUGCCGUCCCAACACAGGCCGUCAAUACUCUCUGGAAGGAGUAUGAUCAAUUCGAGAUGGGUUUGAACAAGCUUACGGGUCGGAGAUACUUGCAAGAGCAGUCGCCAUCCUACAUGACUGCACGCAGCUCACAUACCGAGUUGCAGAAUAUCACCCGCAACUUGGUCCGUACUUCGCUUCCCCGGUUGCCUCCAGUCCCAGGCUCUGAAGGCGACUUUGAGUUCUCCACGCAGGCCGAGAUCUGGAAGCGUUGGAUAGCAUGGGAGAAAGAGGACCCAUUGGUACUCAAGGAGGACGAUCUUCCUGCUUUCAAAGCACGCGUUGUCUACGUCUACAAGCAAGCACUCAUGGCAUUGAGCUUCUUGCCCGAAAUUUGGUUCGACGCUGCCGAGUUUUGUUUUUCGAAUGAGAUGGAAACCGAAGGCAUCGAUUUCUUGAAACAGGGCAUCGAUGCAAAUCCAGAAAGCUGUCUGCUAACCUUCAAGCGCGCGGACCGCUUGGAAAUGGUGACUGAUGCCGAUCAAGACUCCGCCAAACGAGCAGCCAAGGUCCGGGAGCCUUACGACAAGCUUCUUGAUACGCUUUAUGAAUUGAUCAACAAGGCCCGCGCUCAGGAAUCUCAAGAUAUCGCUCGCAUCGAAGAGUCAUUUGCCCCUCAGAAUGCCGACAGCCACCCUCAGAACGGGAACGAGGAGGAAGACGACCCGGAAACAAAGGAAAGAGAGGCAGCCAAGACGGCUCAGAUUGAGGCAGUUCGCAAAGCCCAUUCCAUCCAGAUCAAUGUUCUCUCCAAGACUGUCUCCUUCGCAUGGAUCUCACUCAUGCGUUCUAUGCGUCGCAUCCAGGGCAAAGGCAAGCCUGGAGAAUUGGCUGGCUCUCGACAAGUGUUUGCGGAAGCCAGAAGGCGUGGUCGGAUCACCAGCGAUGUUUAUAUCGCCAGUGCUCUCAUGGAGUACCAUUGCUACAAGGAUCCCGCUGCUACAAAAAUAUUUGAGAGGGGUGCAAAGCUGUUCCCCGAAGAUGAGAACUUCGCGCUCGAGUACUUGAAGCAUCUUCUCGACAUCAACGAUGUUACCAAUGCCCGCGCCGUUUUUGAAACAACCGUGAGGAAACUGACAUCGGUUCCUGAGAAUGUUUACAAGGCCAAGCCUAUCUUUUCCUUCCUGCACGGGUAUGAAUCCCGCUACGGCGAUCUCACUCAAGUUGUCAACUUGGAGAAACGUAUGCGCGAGCUAUACCCCGAGGAUCCUGCCUUGGAACAGUUCGCCCAUCGUUACUCUAUCCCCUCCUUUGAUCCCACAGCCGUGCGUCUCAUUCUAUCGCCAUCUCAGACCCGGCCUAGGACCACUGUUCCCGGUGGUACCUCGGAAUUCCACGAGUCUCCUAUGCCACGGUACCUGGAGCCCUCUCUUAAUUCCCCAAAGAGACCGUACCCCGUCGACGACUUCGAUGAUGACUCAAACCGCCCACGAAAGUUCAUUCGCGCCGAGUCCCCAAUGAGGACCGUCCAAGCUCGGCGUCUCGACCAAAGCAAGCGAGUGCAGCAGUUGAACGGCCAAAACACUUCAUACAAGGCCCAAGGCUCUCCAGCCCCUCUGCCUCGUGAGGUAGUGAACUUGCUGAGCAUCAUGCCUCCCGCAUCUUCAUACAAUAUUUCCCGGCUUUCUGCUGACAAGAUGAUUGAUCUUCUUCGUCGCAUUGAUCUCCCUAGCAACGUCGCCCAGCUUCAAAUCCCACAAAAUCCCCGCGGGUCAGGUCAAACCCCGAAUUACAAUGGUUCCUACCGUUGA